ACCGACGGUGACAAGGACGGCGGGCAAUUCUCUCCUUUGUUCUUACUCCUCAAACUCAUAUUACGUACUAUACAUUUCAGAGAGAAGACUUUUAUGCCCAACUUUGAUUUUUUCCACAUUUUUCUUUUGUUCUCAAGAGUCAAAACCAAAACCCAAAUUCUAAACCAUAAACAUAUAUACAGCAAACAAAAAAAGUAGCAGCGAAAAAGUAAGCAAAAAACAGCAAAUCUCUUAAUUCUUUGGUCAAGUAAUUCAGCUGUUAGUUUGUCCGUGUCCUCUGUAUCUUCUUUGCUUCAAAGUUGGGCACUUUGUACUACUCUUCAAUAUUCAUUAUCAUUAAUUUUGCUCAAGAAUUACGCGGUGUAAAGUUUGAAUCUUUAAUCCCCAUUUGAUUUUUUGGGAGCAAAAAUGGGAGGUGUUUGUGCAGGUGGGACAGCAAAGAAUAGAGCUGAAAUUCACCAUGAGAUUGAGAGCACCUCAGGUUCUUCAAAAAAGCUAAAAUCAGUCAGGAGUUUUGGAAAGGAGAAUAAAGAUGAAUCCUUUUCAUAUCCUGAUGUGAGUACUUUCCGCGGGACGCCUAAUCUCUAUGAUUCUGGUGAAUUGUACUUGUCUAAUUUCAGGGAGUUAAAGCCAUCUACACCUGCUAGAACUGGAGGGAACAAGGCUGCUAGCUCUUUUCUUGGAAAAGCAAGUAUAGUCAGUCUAGAGAAAGCAGUAGAAGUAUUAGAUACACUUGGGAGCAGCAUGACAAACUUGAAUUCCGGAGGGUUUAUGACAGGAACGGCGUCAAGAGGGAAUAAAGUAUAUAUUCUAGCAUUCGAGGUAGCGAAUACCAUCACCAAAGGUGCAAAUUUAUUGCAAUCUCUUUCCAAAGAAAAUGUUCAGUAUUUAAAGAAGGAAAUUCUACCUUCAAAGGGAGUGCAACAGUUGGUUUCUACUAAUAUGACCGAGCUGCUUACUAUUGCUGCUGCCGACAAAAGGGAGGAAUUUGACGUUUUCUCGCGUGAAGUCAUUAGGUUUGGAGAUAUGUGUAAAGACCCACAAUGGAAAAAAUUAGGUCGAUAUUUUUCCAGGUUGGACUCAGACUCUGGUGCACAUAAACAACUAAGAGCAGAGGCCGAAUUGAUGAUGCAGGAAUUGACCAUUCUGGCUCAACAUACUUCGGAAUUGUAUCAUGAGCUGCACGCACUGGAUAGAUUUGAGCAGGAUUAUCGCAGGAAACUUGAGGAAUUAGAUUCUUUAAAUCUACCUCGAAAAGGAGAAGGCCUAAUGAUGUUACAGAGUGAGCUAAAACAUCAAAGAAAAAUUGCGAGGAGCUUGAAAAAGAAAUCUCUUUGGACUAAGAGUUUGGAGGAGGUUGUGGAGAAGCUUGUUGACAUUGUUACUUAUAUACAUCAUGCAAUUGUGGAAGCAUUUGGGGACAAUGGAUUGACAUCUGCUGGCAAGGAACCUGCCAAAAAACAAGAAAGACUGGGAGCAGCUGGUCUUGCUUUACACUAUGCUAACUUAGUUACUCAAAUAGAUAACAUUGCCUCACGCCCUACCUCUCUUCCUCCUAACUUGAGGGAUGGAUUAUAUAAUGGAUUGCCUCCCUCCGUAAAAACAGCCCUUCGUUCACGUCUGCAGGCGAUUGAUCCUAAAGAAGAGCUCACAAUUCCUCAGAUAAAAGCAGAGAUGGAAAAAACUCUCCAGUGGCUUGUCCCAGUAGCUACAGAUACUACCAAAGCACAUCAAGGCUUUGGAUGGGUUGGAGAAUGGGCUAAUACCGGAAGCGAUUCUGGCAAGAAGAACCCGGCACAAGUUAACCCUAUUCGAUUACAAACACUCUACCAUGCAGACAAAAAGAAAAUGGACUACCAUGUCCUUGAACUAGUGACGUGGCUUCACCGUCUGAUCAGUCUGGUACGGUUUAACGGUACCAAAGCUUUCCCCACACGAUCACCAACGCGCAAAGGACUUGUUCUGGAGACAGAGACGAUGAACCCUAACCCCAAAACACCUAAGGUCCAGAUUUCUCUUGAAGAUAGAAACUUACUAGAUAAGGUUAUGAAAAGGAAAUGUUUGAUUCCCGGAAGAAGCAAAAGCCAGGAAUUUUUGUUGCCUAAGAAUCAGAGACAGGUGUGGGCGCUAAGUAGAAGCAUGGGUAGCUCACCUUGUACUGAUUUUAAACAUCCAAAGGGUAAUGUUUUGGAUAUAUUAGAUGGCUUAGAUUCAGCAUUUUGAGUUCCUAAACAAGAUUUCAAGCCAAAAGUUCAUUUUUUUGUUUUCUUGAUUCUUAGCUACCUUCACUUUUUCUGGAACUACAGCCUCUUGUAUAUAGUCCAUCAUAUGGUGGUUGGGAAAUUGUAAUAUUGUAGCAUAUGUUAUAAAAUAAAGACUAUAAAGUAAAGACAAGUAUAUAGAGAAACUGAUAUAUUAUUCGA